UGUUCAGUGAGUUCAGUCUCCGUUUGGAGAGAACAGAGAAGGAGGAAAAGUUAAAUAAACACCAAGAAAAAGAAGAAACGAUGAGGAGUACCACGAGGGUUCUGAUGACUCAAGAGAAGAGAAGAAUCCAAAAGGAACCAGCAGUGCACAGGAUUCAAUCAUGAGGUCUGCACGCCUUGAGGUUACACUCAUCAUCUUAACCAGUACACCACUGAGGUACCCUUCACACUUGAAGGUGCUUCUGGCGUGCUUUUAAGCCUACGCUUUGAGAGCUGUGCCUAAAAGUUGCUAAAAUCAAACCAGAUUUGAACGCUGAACCUAACUUCACAAGGACAACCUCUUAACCUCUAAACCACUGCUCUGUUUAGGUGAUGUGAUGUGUUCGAUGUUGUAUUUAUAGUUUAUUUGGAAAAAAAAAACUCUUUAAGGUAUGGAGGACUUGAACCAACAACCUUACUUCGCAGCAGCCUCUUAUCUCGUUGAGCCACUGCUCUAGAUUAUGUUGAAAUAAAGACUGUGGGUUGGACCUGUUCUGUGGGUUUGUGGUUCCACCGCAUCAGGCUGAACUGGGUUCAUGUUCUGUCUAAAACCUGGUUCCAUAGAGAACUGAUGAGGUGUCUGUACCUGUCUGAGCCUGUUUGACUCCACCUGAGGAGUGUGGCUCCGGCUCUGUGUGGUGAAGGCUACAUGCUACCUGUGCAGCUCAGUGUGUUCACAGACACUUGACUUCAGGAGCAGAGAGAGUCCGGUGUCACUAAUUAUUUACUACACUCACUGUGUGUUUGGACUAGUUCCUCUCAUUUAGUCAGGAAAGUCAAAGGUUUUAGGUCUAAACUGAGUUCAGAGCUGUGUGUAUCAGAGGAUUUCCACUGAACAAACACAGGAAGCUUCUCCACCUUGUUUCCAUCUUUAUUGCAUCUCACGUCACACGUUGAGUCUGUAAAGUCAAGUGUGAAAUCUGAGUGUUCAACUCAGUGAGAUGAGACCAACAUCAUGACAAACAACCAUGAUGAACUCUAGAUGUGUAAACAUUCAUCCAGGGACUUGUUGUUGUUCGUUCACAUGAUGCAGUUUAUGGAAAAGAGCAGAAACCAUUAGUGAUGUUAAACAAUGAGUCUGGUCUGUGUUCACACAGAGUUAUGAUCACACUAAUGAAGACUGGAGCUAAAAUCCUGCAGGAAAUGUGGAAUAACGUAUUUGUCUAACUUCACUAUGUCACUCAUGGCCUUGAUGUGAAGCUCCUCAAUGCCUGAAGUCACUCAAAGUGACCGUAACACAGUUAUUUUACUUACGAUAAGUAUUUAUGUGCAGACAUAAUGAAAACAUAUCAAAAGGCAGCACAGACAGUGCAGGUUCAGCAGCUUGGUUCUACUUUUCCAUCCAUCGCUGUACAUCUGGUUCUGAAACACACACUAAUAGUUGAACUUCACCUGGACGACAGACAGACAGUCAGUUUAACAGCAUCAGUGAACAGGUUGAACUCCUCCUCUGCUUCUUCCCUCUGUGAUGGAGCUGCACUCCUACAGUACAAACUUGUAGUUAGAGGACGACCUCCCUACCAGCUGUGUUUAGAUGGAACCAUGACCUCUGCUGCCUUCUCCACCUGUACACAAUCUAUGAAGACACUUUCUCACAGCUACAGUAAUUGAACUCAUAACGCAUAUUUACUUAUUGUAUAAUCUUUUAUUUUACAGUUUCAAUACCCUGCUUAACUCGUUAUCUGACACUGUAACUGAUGUAAACAUGAAAUACUGGAACAGCCAAAAAAAUGCUUUGUUGAAAAUCCUACUUUUUUCCUCUGAUUGAACAUAAAACAGCAUCUUUUAGGUAAAUAAAAUAACAUUGAGUUAAACAUUACAGUUUUAUUAGAUUAGUCCCAGCAGCAGCCAAGUUACUAGAAACAGAAUAUACGUAACAUAUUGGAAACAGUUUGGAUCUCUGUCAUCCUGUGGCAUUGCUGCUUUAUUACUCUGCUGAUUCAGAUCUCCUGGUUCUUUUUCUAACUUCGCCUGGUGUUUCACUAUGGGAAUCGCCUCGGCGUGACCAACCAUGGAAGCUCCAAUGACACAACGUCUGUCAGAGACAGACAGGCCGAGCCGGUUUCUUAUAAACUGAGAGGGGGCGGAGCCUCAGUGAUCACGUGAUCCAGGUAUACGAGCGAAACCGAAGGUUUUCAGUGAGUUCAUACUCCAUUUAGAGAGAACAGAGCAGACGGAGGAAAAGUUAAAUAAACACCAGAAGGAAGAGGAAUAAACGUUGAGGAGCAGGUGUUUAGCUCUGGAUCUGUGGCUUUUUCAGAGGAUGAGUUUUUGUGUGGAGGAAGAGGACGGAGCAGAGUCUCCAGGAUCCAGAUGUGUGUCUAUGAAGAAUGACUGGUCCAGAUGUGAACCUCCAUCAUUCAGUCCUGAACCUGGAGCCUCAGACACAAAAGUCCAGGACCAGAGACAAAAAGCAGAACCUCCAGGACCCAGCUGUCUGUCUAUGAAGAGUGACCGGUCCAAAGAUAAUCCUCCAAACCUCAGUAAUGAACCUGGAGCCUCAGACACAAAAGUGGACCAGCAGAGCUCAGAGGUUCCCAGUGCUCAGUCUGUCCAGCAGCACCAAACACACCUGGACUCCAUAUUUAUGCUGCUGGAGGAAAACAUUGUCACGUUUGUGAAGAAGGAGCUGAAGAAGAUCCAGAAGGUUCUGAGUCCAGAUUACCCAGAAUGCUUAGAGAGUCAGAGGGAGGAUGAGGAGGAGAUGGAUGGUGAGGAUGAAGAGCAGAGGAGGAGCAGCAGAGACGCGUUUCUGAAGAUCACAGUGAACUUCCUGAGGAGGAUGAAGCAGGAGGAGCUGGCUGACUGUCUGCAGAAUCUGAUGGUUCCAGUACCAGAGCCACAGCCCAUCACAUAUUACCAGCAGAUGCUUCAAUCAAACCUCCAAGACCAGUUUGUGUGUGUGAAACCAGGCUGGUCAGAAGUCGACCAACAUCUGGAUGACAUCUACACAGAGCUGUACAUCACAGCUGGGCCAGAUUCACACAUCAACACACAGCAUGAGGUCCAAAAGCUUGAGACGACACAGCAGAAGCAAAGAUCAGCAGAGGAGCCAGUGAAGCCCAGUGACCUGUUCAAACAUCCCCCUGGUAAAUACAGACGCAUCAGAACAGUGUUGACCAAUGGAAUCGCUGGGAUUGGAAAAACAGUCCUUGUGAACAAGUUUGUGUUGGACUGGACCCAACAAAGGUCCAAUCAAGACGUGCAUCUGAUUUUCCCCUUCACCUUCCGUCGGCUGAAUCCACUGAAGGGACAGAAGUUUACUUUGUCAGAGCUCAUUCAUGAAUGUAUCCCAGAAACUGAGUCCAUCAGCCUGGAGGCUCUGAAUUACAUCUUUACACAUCUACAGUCAUCAGGAAACAGCAACUAUGACAAGAGUAGCUUCAAACUUCUGUUUGUGUUUGAUGGACUGGACGAGAGUCGCCUCCAACUGGACUGUAGCACCAGUGAGAAGGAGACGGGUCAACGUGACGUCACAGAGUCCACCUCAGUGGAUGAGCUGCUGACAAACCUCAUCAGAGGAAAACUACUACGCUCUGCUCGCAUCUGGAUCACCACACGACCUGCAGCAGCCAAUCAGAUUCAUGGAGACUUUGUUGAGGCGGUGACGGAGGUCAGAGGGUUCACUGACCCACAGAAGGAGGAGUUCUUCAGGAAGAGAUUCACAGAUGAGGAGCAGAGCAACACAAUCAUGUCCCACAUCAAGACGUCACGAAGCCUCCACAUCAUGUGCCACAUCCCAGUCUUCUGCUGGAUCACUGCUACGGUUCUGGAGGAUCUGCUGGAAACCAGAGAGGGAGGAGACCUGCCCAAGACCCUGACGGAGAUGUACGCAGAGUUCCUGGGGUUUCAGAUGGAUCGGACUAAAGACAAGUACGGACCAGAACAGAGCAGCAACUACAUCAAGUCAUUAGCUAAACUGGCUUUUAAGCAGCUGCUAAAGGGAAACUUGAUCUUCUAUGAGGAAGAUCUGAAAGAGAGCGGCAUCGAUGUCAGAGGAGCCUCAGUGUGUUCAGGAGUGUUCACAGAGAUCUUUAAACAAGAGCGAGGGAGGAAAGCCAAGAACAAGAUGUUCAGCUUUGUUCAUCUGAGCGUUCAGGAGUUUCUGGCUGCUGUUCACAUGAUGCUCUGUUACACCAACGGGAAGAUGGAGAAACUAGACAACUUCCUGAAAUACUCCAAACACAAAGAAUCUAAACUUAAAAAAAUAAAACAGUUGUUUGUUCAUCCUUCAACUCACUCAUCUCUGGAUGUUGUCCUGAGUAGAACCAUGGAGAAAUCCCUCCUCAGUCCAAGUGGCCACCUGGACCUGUUUGUUCGCUUCCUUCAUGGCCUCUGUCUGGAGUCUAACCAGAGAAUAUUAGGAGGUUUGCUGGGUCACACAGAGAUCAGUCCAGAAACCAUCCAGACAAUCAUCAACAACCUCAAGGAGAUGAACAGUGAUAGAAUCUCUCCAGACAGAAGCAUCAACAUCUUCCACUGUCUGAUGGAGAUGAACGACCACUCAGUCCAUCAGCAGAUCCAAGAGUUCCUGAAGUCAGAGAACAGAUCAGAGAAGGAACUCUCUGAGAUCCAGUGCUCAGCUCUGGCCUACAUGCUGCAGAUGUCAGAGGAGGUUCUGGAUGAGUUGGACCUGAACCAGUACAACACAUCAGAGGAGGGACGAUGGAGACUGAUCCCAGCUGUGAGGAACUGCAGAAAAGCUCGACUUUCUGGCUGUGGACUCACAGAGACUCACUGUGAAGUUGUGGCCUCAGCUCUGAAGUCCAACCCGUCACAUCUGACACAUCUGGACCUGAGUAACAACGACCUGCAGGACUCAGUGGAGGUUCUGUGUGCUGGAGUGAAGAGUCCUCACUGUCGACUGAAGACUCUGAGAUUGAGUGGCUGCAGUUUGUCAGAGAUCAGCUGUGAUUCUCUGGUCUCAGCUCUGAAGUCCAACCUGUCACAUCUGACACAACUGGACCUGAGUAACAACAACCUGCAGAAUUCAUCAGUGAAGCAUCUUAGUGGUUUUGUGGAGAGUCGUCACUGUCGACUGGAGACUCUGAGCCUGAGUGUGUGUGACCUGUCAGAGAGAAGCUGUGAAGCUCUGUCCUCAGUUCUCAGCUCUCAGUCCUCUAGUCUGAGAGAACUGGACCUGAGUAACAACAACCUGCAGGAUUCAGGAGUGAAGCUACUGUCUGUUGGACUGAAGAGUCCUCACUGUCGACUGGAGACUCUCAGGCUGUCAGGCUGUCUGCUCUCACAGGAAGCUUGUGUCUCUCUGGCCUCAGCUCUGAGCUCCAACCCCUCCCAUCUGAGAGAGCUGGACCUGAGCUACAAUCAUCCAGGAGAGUCAGGAGUGAAGCUGCUGUCUGCUGGAGUCAAGAAUCCACACUGGAGACUGGACACUCUCAGGGUGGAGCCUGGUGGAGUCCGAUACUUGACACCAGGUCUGAGCAAGUAUUUCUGUCAACUCACCAUCGACACAAACACAGUGAACAGACAUCUACAACUGUCUAACAACAACAGGAACGUGACACAUAUCUGGCAGGAUCAGUCAUAUCCUGAUCAUCCAGACAGAUUUGACUGGCCUCAGCUGCUGUGUAGUAAUGGUCUGACUGGUCGCUGUUACUGGGAGGUUGAGUGGGGUGGAGGAGUUUAUAUAUCAGUGAGUUACAGAGGAAUCAGAAGGAAAGGAGACAGUAAAAACUGUUGGUUUGGAGACAAUGAUCAGUCCUGGCGUCUGAAAUGCACUAAUGGUGGUUACUAUGUCUGCCACAAUAACAUAGUAACACUCAUCUCCUCCUCUGUGUCUCACAGAGUAUCAGUGUAUGUGGACUGUCCUGCUGGUUCUCUGUCCUUCUGGAGAGUCUCCUCUGACAAACUGAUCCACCUUCACACCUUCAACACCACAUUCACUGAACCACUUUAUCCUGGGUUUGGAGUUAGGCACAGUUGGCCUGGUUCCUCAGUGUCUCUGUGUGAUGUGUCAUAGUGAGAAUUUGAUUCUGUCAGGGAAACGUUGUCACUGUGAAACAUAGUUCAGUCUGUUCAUGUCUGUCUUGUUGUCAUGUCAGAUAGAUGUAUUAAAACAAACUAUGGAGCUAAGGUGGCUGAGCAUGUUCUGUUCUGAGUGAGAGUAUGCGAUUUGAUUGCACCAGACAGACGUUCCUCCUGCGCAGGAAAAGGGACAAAAGGCAAAUGCAACUCAAGGAUUUUGUGAUCUUUGCAUUACACCUCUGUGAUGUAUGUUGUGAUCUCCCCUGCUGUUUUUUUUGCAGAAAAGACAAGUCUCUCAUCAGUUUCUUUAUUACAAAUUUCCACCACAGUUGAUAAAUAGUUGUGUUGCUCACAUUUCUUGAACUUUCUGUGAAUUUUCUCAUUUCAUUUGAAGUGUGUGUGAAGGAGAAGCUUUAUUCACUAAUCUUCUGACAAACACACUGAUCAUUGAUCAAAUCUCCAUCCAGCCGGUAGCUAAAGUUGAUUCCAGAUUGUGGGCUAUAAUAUAAUAAAUUUUAUUCAGAUUCUGCAUCUGUUCUCAAGCAUUAACUGACAAACACCAAAAACUAUGUAACCUUUACUUCCAACUGCUAUGUUAGUAUGUUGUGUAUGAUUCCUUCCUUCCUGUUUAAGGUUGUAUUUACAGUUUACUUGACAAUAAGGCCUUAAAAAUG